UCCCAUCCCAUGUCGGUCGCCGCCAGCGCAAGUCCGUCGAUCGCCGACUAUGCACUGUCGGCAAGCAAUCGUCACCCCUGUCGCGCCUCCUCAUCGCAGCAGCAGCAACAGAAGCAGAAUUGUGGCCACUCGUAAUGGUGCAUUUACACUAGUUGUGCACUAUCUUGCAAGCUAAAGUACGUCCUUAUGUUUACGCAAAUUAAUUGGAAAGCUACAGCUAGUAGAUUUGCUUCAUGUUUACAGUUACAAAAUGGUAAUUUUUGGAAAAUGGAACUUACACAUGGAUAAGUACUGUGAUGUGCAAUCACUUUCUUCAUGGUUCUUUCGAGCAUUCUUUUGCUAUCUUCAGACCCUUUUCCAUAGCACAUCAUGUUCGAUCGCAGUUCAGCACAUUUACAGCUUCUAGUAGAUAUAGCAAGUUACAUGGUAAGGGGAUUGACAAGGCAUUGAAAGUUUUGGACUUGGUCACCCCUAGGACCAGUAAGGUUGAAAGCAAGUCAUGCCAUUAUCACCUAAUACAGGGGUGCAAGCAUGAUCUUCUUGAAGUUGAUCAACGGAAUUGCUUAAAGUUCGUUAAGAAGAGUACAAGUAGUAAAUUGUGUAAUCAUGCUAAGGUUAUGUCUGAAAAGAGUCAUCACUGUAAAUCUCUUUUAUGCUCUCAAAUCAGUAAAUCAGUGAAGGAAGAUGCUCCUUUGUUAUUUCUUGAAUUGCAUAAGAGAGGGAUCAGCUUGGAUGCAUCUACUUUUUCUGUUGUAAUUAGUUCUUGUGUGUCCACAGGCACUUUUGGAACAGGGCUGCAGCUUCAUGCUCUCUCGGUUAAAAAUGGUUGUGAUGUAUCUAUUCCUGGUGGAAGCUCAUUGAUCAGCUUGUACUCCAAACUUGGGCAGUUGGGGAAUGCUUAUCAUGUUUUUGAUAUGAUGCCCACAAGGAAUGUUGUAGCAUGGACUGCUAUAAUUGCAGGUUUUGCACAGUCCUGGGAGGUCGACACAUGUUCACGACUGUUCUAUUUGAUGAGACAGGCUCUGAUAGAACCGAAUGACAUCACAUUUGCAAGUGUUUUGAGUGCUUGCACCAGCAGUGCUUAUCUUGGGUUUGGUAGGAGCAUCCACUCUUUAGAAUUUAAAAUGGGUUUUGAUCUGUAUACACAUGUUUCUAAUGCAUUGAUCUCGAUGUACGCUAAAUCUGGAAGCAUCGAGGAAGCCCAUUGUGUCUUCAAGAACAUACCAUGUAGGGAUCUAAUCUCAUGGAAUUCGAUGAUUUCUGGGUUCUCCCAACAUGGACUUGCUAAGAAUGCCAUGAACUUGCUGAAUCAAAUGGAUACUCAGAAUGUAACACCUGAUGCUAUAUCUUACCUUUGUGUUCUCUCCUCGUGCCGGCAUGUGGGACUUGUGGAGCAAGGCCAGCGUUGUUUUGAUUCAAUGCUUAAACGUGGGCUAAACCCAGAAUUAGAUCAUUACUCAUGCAUCAUUGAUCUUCUUGGCCGUGCAGGGUUGUUGGAAGAGGCAUUAGAUGUCAUUAAGAAAAUGCCAAUCCACCCAAAUGCUGUUAUAUGGGGCUCAUUACUUUCGUCAUGCAGGGUUCAUGGAAAUGUAUGGAUAGGCAUUCACGCUGCUGAGAACAGGUUGUUGUUAGAGCCAGGCUGUGCUGCAACUUAUGUUCAGUUAGCAAAUCUUUAUGCAAGUGUAGGUUACUGGAAUCAUGUAGCAAAAGUUCGGAAGCUGAUGAAGGAGAGAGGGCUGCGCACAAGUCCUGGGUACAGCUGGAUUGAAAUUGGUAACAAGGUGUAUAAUUUUAAAGCAGAAGAUAGAUCAAAUGAUAAAAUGAAUGAGAUACUCACAAUUUUGGAUUCUUUAGCAUGUCAUAUGGAACUCUCCAAGUAUACAGCUGCUGCAAACAUUGAUCUUCAAUACGAAGAGAUCCCUCCAUGACAGCACUUAAGCGGAAUACAAUUUGCAAGCUUGUGUUGCCAAAAUGGUAUCCUUGGCUGCACUAUUUCUGUGGAUAGGACAUUUAUGGCUCUUACAACGUAUGUGUUGUUUAAGGCUCUUGUUUUCAGACCAACAGAACUUCCUUUAGGCUUCACUACAAGUUUGAUGUAGGAGGCAUGUUUGAUGUUCCCAGCUGUGUGAUAUAAUAAGAACCAUAUUGGCAACAUCCAGAACAAUAUUUUCUUCAUUCAUGUGCUUGGAAAAAGGUGCUUAUUAUUGUAGUAAUUUUCAAAGGUAUGUUUCAUGAGAUAUGAAUCAUCUUUUUGUUUCCUCUGAUUGUAUUAAGAUUAAAAGUAUUUGUUUGUGGGUUAGAGGGUGAUGCAUCGCAGAUAGAUAAAAUGGUCAUAUUCUGCAGGUAGUAGCACUUAAACGAGUCAAAUACUACCAAUGAACUUGAUGAUUUAACUAAUGCACUGCAUAGAUAGGAUUUGAUAGGAGACCAUAUGGUUCACCACCUACAUGUUAUCUAUGCUCUGGGCUUCCAUGUCCCUUUUGUCAGGAAAAGUUCCAGGUUUAGAACUUAAUACCAAUUUACAUAUAUGGUUGUCACCAAGUCAACAGGCAGUUAAGAUUGAGCACUGUUGGUUAAGUUGCGGACAUAAAAAAGAUCAAGAAUUGCUGGAUUAAUUUGCCCCUUUAGCUGUAAUUUUUCUAGCAGGCUAGGGUUCUAUAAGUAAUCUUUUGAUUAUAUUAGUGGUUUUUAUACUGUGAUGUUUGCCAACUUCUUGUGCUGUCAAUCCUGGAAUUUUAAUUAUGGAAGGGGCUGUAGCCGGCAUGAACUUGGAGAUGCUCUGGCGAACAAAUUACAAGUACUACUGGCAGCCAUGUGUAUCAGGACUUGGGUGCCUUUGACUGUUACAACAUGGUUUCAACUUUCAAGUACCAUUUUAUACUGAUUCUACUGUACUAGUGCAUCGAACUAGUUGUAUUAACAUGUCAAACAAUUUUCAGUAUGCUUCUAAUUAGUUUACCAAGGUGUUCCAUAUCAUACCAGUUGAUACAUACCAAUCAAAUGAGAUUCCAGUAUGAGUAUGUGUACUGGUAUUUUCAAACUUAUGUUAUGGUUUUCCAUCACUUUGAGGAUUCAACCCAUAUAUGGAACAUAAAUUUUCUUCAAAAUUCUUUGCAGAAAUUUAAUGCUUUUUUUUGUCUUCAUUCAAAAGAUGAUCUGUCUCAAUUUCUAGGUUUUUACUUCUGCACUAUUGGAUUUCUAGUAAAAGUUUCAUCUGACAGUGAACAUGUGAGAAAAUAUACUGUCUCAAUUCCUAUGUUUUUUACUUCACUGCUAGAUUUGUGGCAAAAGUUCUGACGGAAAAUAUGUAAGAAAAUUUACUAACAUGUUGUCCGAGGAAAAAGCUGAGCGAGCGUUAUGUGAUUUCAUUUUCUAGUAAAGUACUGUUUGGUUUUCCUUAUAAUACUAAUUUCCAGUAUAACUUUGGUUGUUCCCGAAGCAAUGGUAUUUAAGAGUGUGAUACAAGAGAGAACCUGAAUGAUGAAUGGUGUACAUGAUAAUAUUGGAAUAGCUGCUGCUCUCUCUUUCUUUUUCUUGACAUAUAUGUGUGUAUACUGUAUGUAUGCUUGUGUGCAUCCAAUUGACAAUCUUAGGGUGAUCCAGUGAUCCAACCUCCCAACACCUUAUUUGCAGCCUUGUGUAUUCAAAACACUGUAUAACGGACAACUUUACUUUAUGGAAAACUGCAGGUCUGGAUGUAGCUACUAUUUAUUUGAUUGAAGAUAUGAAUUUGGUUAUAAUUUUGCAUGGCAAUGCUUUUAUGUGGGCAUGAUACAGUAACAGUCACAAGUUUUAUGUAGAUUACCCAUCAAUUUGUUAACUCUCAGUGAUGCUAAUAUCAGGCCUUUGAGUAAUUUCUCAGUGUUUAUAUAAUUGGCCUAAAGAUGAUUAACUGAUAAGAAUCUACUAGAUCUUUUGAUUUGCUUACUAGUAAUAGAGUUACAUUAAAUAAGUUAAUUGUUCAGAAAUUGGAUAUUAUAAGAAUUUUGCUCGUGGGAUUGAAAAAAGUUUAUUUAUUUAUUUAUUUUUCAAGCUUGUUGAAUAUAAAAAAAUUUGUUUUAUCUUUUAAAUCCAACUUUUUAAAUGCCAAAAAACAGUUGAUUCUGGUUUAGCAAGAUUCUGACAUUUGAGAUCCCUCUAAUGUGCUCUUCUCAUCCUGUGUAGGUACAGCUGACAUUAAAUUAUGAUUGAUAUGCAGUUGGUGACUUUUGGCAAUUGACAUACAGCAUAAUGUGCUUCCUUCAUGCUGUGUGAGCACAGCUGAUCUUAAAUUAUGACUGAAAUAUGAGCUGGGGAGUCGGUCAAUUGACAUCCCAGCAUGAUGAGCACCCUUCAUUGUGUUCAGAUCAAGCGGACCUAAAAUUAUGACUUGCACUACAUGGGGUGGGGACUUUCUGCCAUUUGACAUCCAGCAUAAUGUGCUUCCCUUAUCCUGUACGGUGACACAAUCCAUGAUGGGAUCAAGUUUCAUCUUUGACCGCUACAGAAGAGUACCCAGUUAGACAAUUUGAGUUCAUUUCAUUCAAAUUAUAUUUGGGCUGUGGUUGUGUUAAUUAGAUCAGAAUAGGAGGAGCUCAGUGGGCUGCUUUUCUAGACAGUUAUUUUGCGCUUCCAAUCUGCAAGGUUCGGUUUCCAUUUUUCGAAGGUAUUAAAUUGAACUUAGUUACCAAGAGUAAGGGCUGGCUUCUUAGGAUGUAAGAAAAUUGUCUGAUCGAUUCUUUUAUAGUGUAUUGUAUACAAUGAUAGUAAAGGCAGAAAAAGGAUUCAAUUAUUGUGUCAUGAUACUCACUGGUAGGAUGAAACACUGAGGUUGAAAUUGAAGUUGUUUAAUGGAACACUCGGCUUUCUUGCCUAAAGCCUAUCUUCGACU